AUGGCGGGGAACGAUAGCGACUCAGGCACAAGUACGAUUGAGCAGAUAUAUCAAAAGAAAACACCAUUAGAACACAUUUUACUGCGUCCUGAUACUUAUGUAGGCUCAAUCGAAAUGCAGGAAAACAAGUUGUGAGUGUGGGACUCUGAACAAAACACCAUGGUGUUUAGACAAAUACAAUAUGUUCCAGGGCUUUAUAAAAUAUUUGAUGAAAUCUUGGUUAAUGCUGCUGAUAACUAUCAGAGAGACAAAAAGAUGAACAAAAUCGAUGUAACUCUUGACCCUGAAAGAGGGAUGAUAUCUGUGUGAAAUAAUGGAAAAGGAAUCCCAGUUGCAGUGCAUCAAGAAUACGGAAUCUAUGUCCCAGAACUCAUUUUCGGCCAACUCUUGACAUCAAGCAACUAUGAUGACACCAAAAAAAAGACCACCGGUGGUCGAAAUGGUUAUGGCGCUAAGCUUGCUAACGUCUUUUCUAAAAGAUUUAUAAUUGAAACUGCAGAUUCAGAAAGAAUGCAAAAAUUCUCAAUGGAAUGGACUGACAACAUGAGCAAAAAGUCUCACCCUACCAUAACCAAGCUCAAAAAAUCUGAAGAUUACACCUGCAUAACCUUUUACCCAGACUUAGAAAGAUUCGGUAUGAGUAGUCUCAAUAAAGAUAUCCUUGAUCUUAUGACUAAAAGAGUGUAUGAUAUGGCAGGAUCUACAGGUAAAUCAGUCAAAGUUUUCCUAAACCAAAAAGAAAUUUCAAUUAAAAACUUCAAAGACUAUAUUGACCUUUACAUCAAAGACCCCACAAUGCCUAAAAUUUAUGAAAAUCCUAGCGAAAGGUGAGAAGUCGGAAUUUCUAUUAGUGAAGGCGUUUUUCAGCAGGUCUCAUUUGUAAACUCUAUUUGCACUUCCAAAGGAGGGACACAUGUAAAUCAUGUUGCAGACCAAUUAAUUAAUGCAAUUUCUGGAGCGAUCCAAAAAAAGAACAAAAAGCUUGAUAUAAAAAAUAAUCAAAUAAAGCAGCAUUUGUGGGUUUUUGUCAAUUCCCUGGUAGAAAACCCUUGCUUUGACUCACAAACUAAAGAAACAAUGACGCUAAAACCUUCUUCGUUUGGUUCUAAAUGUGAACUCAGUGAAAAAUUCAUAAAAGAAGUCGUAAAUUGCGGCAUCAUUGACCAUGUCGUGGCUUUUGCCAAAGCAAAAACUGAAGCACAGUUAGGGAAAAAAGUAAAAUCUAAGAAAAAUGAAAAAAUUUAUUUGAAUAAGCUAGAAGAUGCAAAUUUAGCAGGGACGAAAAACAGCAGAGAGUGCACAUUGAUUUUAACUGAAGGAGACAGUGCAAAAACUCUGGCAGUCGCAGGAAUUGAAGUGGUUGGAAGAGAUAAGUUUGGAGCUUUUCCGCUGAAAGGGAAGCUUUUAAAUGUUAGAGAAGCUUCACACAAGCAGCUGAUGGCUAAUGAAGAAAUCCAAAAUAUCAUGAAAAUCGUAGGACUACAGCCUAAAAAAGAAUAUGAAGACUUAGGAGAGCUUAGAUAUGGGUGCAUAAUGAUUAUGGCUGAUCAAGAUCUUGAUGGGUCUCAUAUCAAAGGACUUAUAAUCAACCUUAUCCACUUCUUUUGACCAGGCUUGCUAAAAACAACUGGAUUUGUCAAAGAGUUUAUCACUCCUAUCGUAAAAGCUACAAAAGGUCACGAUAGCAUUUCAUUUUACACUCUUCACGAAUAUGAAGCUUGGAGCAAAGCUGAAGACAGAAAAUCAUGGAACAUUAAAUACUACAAAGGCUUAGGCACUUCUACUAGUAAAGAAGCCCGCGAAUAUUUUGGGAACAUCCAAAGACAUAGGAUUGAAUUUUUAUAUGAUAAUGAUCAACGUGACGGAGAUGCUAUAGAUAUGGCUUUUAAUAAAAAAAGAUCUGAUGACCGUAAAAGGUGGCUUGCUGCGUUAGAUCCUGACACUUUUCUUGAUAUGAGUGAGCCUCAAAUAAGUGUUUCCGAUUUCAUCAAUAGGGAGCUGAUUUUAUUUUCAAAUUAUGAUAAUAUUAGGUCCAUUCCAAGUGUAGUUGAUGGGCUGAAGCCGGGACAGAGAAAAAUCAUUUUUUCUUGCUUUAAGAGGAAACUGAAAGGAGAAAUAAAGGUAGCACAGCUAGCUGGGUAUGUAGGGGAGCAUUCUGCAUAUCAUCAUGGAGAACAGUCUUUGGCUACUACAAUUGUAGGGCUGGCUCAGAAUUUCGUUGGAUCAAAUAAUAUAAAUCUGCUGCUGCCGAUAGGACAGUUUGGGACUAGGCUUCUAGGAGGGAAAGAUAUGGCUAGCCCAAGAUAUAUUUUUACAAAUCUCUCUCAAGUGACUAGGAAAAUGUUUAUAUUAGAAGAUGAUUAUUUACUAAAUUAUCAAAAAGAAGAGGGUCAAAAAAUUGAGCCGAAUUGAUAUGUCCCGAUAAUUCCGCUUGUACUGAUAAACGGUGCUGAUGGUAUUGGAACUGGUUGAAGCACCUGCAUCCCUCCUUAUAAUCCAAUUGAGCUAAUUCAAGUAUACAGAGAUAGGAUUAAUGGGAAUUCUUUUGAUGGAAUUCGUUUAAAACCUUGGUUUAAAGGAUAUACUGGAACUUUAGAUUGGAUUGAAGGAAAUGGAGGAGGCUAUGAAAUCAAAGGUGUAUUUGAAAGACUUGAUGGAAAUAUACUCAGAAUUACAGAACUUCCUAUUGGUAAGUGGACGACUGACUAUAAAAAAUUUCUUGAAGAACUAGCUCAAGCUGAAAAUCCUAUUGUCACCGAUAUAAAAGAAUAUCAUACAGAAAACCGGAUAGAUUUUCAUAUAGAAGUCCCUACUCUGCAACAUAAAAUAUAUUGAAAUGGCGACAUGUGGCAACCUGCACUCUUGGCGCAGCAUUCAAGACCUUAUGGCAACUGCGAACUAGGACAGACCCUAGCCGAUAAUCAAGUGCAGCCUCAGAAGAUGUGUAUCUGGGUAGGUUUUGGCUACCUUCUUGUGGUUGAGAUGGAGGUGCCUGACAAUUUCCUUUGGAUCCUAGAACCCAUGGGAUUUUCUCUACCAAGAAACUAAAGGGUUUCAGCAUAGCAGUUUAUUCCUAAAGCUGUCGAAGGAAGGCUUAAUCUUAAUCUUAAUUAUAUGUUAUUGAGUAGCUCCCGGCCAGGACCAUAGGUCCUUUUCUGCCUCCUUUUGGUCGCCUCGCUUGCUUUCCUUGCCCUGCUCCCAGUGUAUACCUAAGUGCCACAGGCUACCACUCGGCUCCUUCCGGUCAUGGGGCUUGGUCAUGAAAUUCCGGAAGUAGACGGACUGGGUCACCAUGCUUCACGUCGUCGACUAGGGCUAGAGCUAGGGAUUAACUCCCUAGUUCUUAUCGGCAUCUGCUGUGCCGUCCGAUUUGGCACCAGCAGUCCCUAGAGGAAAACCAUUUUUUGUCCCAUGUCCCGUCGGGACGAUCCGAAAAUCAUCAUUGCUGGACCGGGAGGGAAACCUAGCCGGUGUCGUCGAAGGAAGGCACUUCGGCACUCGACUGACUCAAAGAAACUAGUUCUUGGAAUCAAGCACUCCAAUCCCAUCAAAGGGUCGCCCAGAAAUCUAUACGCCACUCGCACAAGACUGAAGUCUCAAGACGAGGAGAAGAUAGAAGGCACCAGAAAUGGCAUCCACCUUUGGGGGGAAAUUUUUUCUGGAGUCGAAAGCGGUUGAAACCUCCUGUAAAUAAGGUCUUUGGUGACUACGUCGCCAAUAUAGCUAGCUUGUGCCUAAGUUUAAUCUUAAUUCUUACUCUGCAACAUUUCUCAGAUUCAGAAAUAAUGAAAAUAUUUAAACUGCAGUCUUCACUUAGCAUGAACAAUCUUGUCCUCUUCAAUCCCGAGCGUAAAAUCAAAAAAUACCCUGGAAUCAAAGAAAUCCUAGAAGAGCACUACACCAUCCGUGAAGACUUCUACGAAAAGCGAAAAGAGUUCUUAGUCAGUCAAACCACUGCAGAAGUUACCAUAAUUUCUAAUAAAGUCAGGUUUAUUUUGGAAGUAAUUAACAACGAGCUAAUAAUCAAUAAAAAACAAAAAGCAAUUUUAAUCACAGAAUUAAAAAGAAAAGGUUUCACCACAAAAUCAGAGCUAGAAAAGAUUUUCAAAGACCCUAAAAUCCAUCAGGUGGAAGAUAAAGAAACAGAGCAGGAAAAUGACGAAGUAGUGGAGUCAGGGACAAUAAAAGCAAAAGAAUAUGAUUAUCUGCUAGGAAUGCCAUUAUGGUCUCUUACAUAUGAAAAGGUAGAGCAGCUUAAAAAAGAAGAACAAGAAAAGAUACAUGAAUUGGAAACGUUGAAAAAUACAAGCAUUUAUGAUAUGUGGGGGAAAGAUUUGGAUGAGCUGAAAAAGGUUAUUGAAGAGGAGUGGGAAAAUGAAGAAAGAGAAAGGAAUAAAGUUCCUGCAGUGAAAGGGAAAACCAAAAAAACUGCAAAAAGGGCCACAAAAGUGCCUGCUAGGGAGAAAAAAGAUAUAAAUAUCUGUAUUAAUUACUGAUAAUAUAGUAAAUACUAUUAUACAGUCACAUUUUAGUCUAAUCAGAUAUAAUUUGAAGCAAACUACUAUCAAACCCCCCACAAAAAUCAUCACACAAUCUGAUGACGAAAGAAAGGGGAAAAUCAGAAAAAUUAAUAUCAGCAAAGAAAAAGGUUACGAAGUCAUAGAAGACAUCACAGCAGCCACCAGCGAGUCUUCAGACUUUAAAAACCCACUUGGUGCUAGAAAAAGAAAAAAUAGCAUCGAAGAUACAAAAAACAAAAAAUCCAAGCUAAUGCCUAACGCAGAAAUGAUAAUUGCUUCUGAGAGCGAAGAUGAAGAAUUUGAACUUUAA